AUCUUCAGAUUUCACACGCAACAAACAAACAAUCAUGUGCUCCGCCUAAACCCCAUAUUUUAAAAGAUACCCACUUUUCCAAAAGCUCCACUCUUUCGGUACAAAUCCGCCAUUGAAACCCAUUUUCAACUGUGCGCCCGUGGUUCAUUGCUGAAGUAUGGCCCCCAUUUCAUCUGCUCCCUGCUGAGACUUCGGAAUUGAGGAAACUUAACAGAUAAGAUAAGUCUAUCUUCUAUGAGUCGGGUCGGCUUCACGGGUUUGCGUGAACCAGUCAUACGUGCCGCCAUUUGGUUUUGAUUUUUGAAUACGUUUUCAAGUUUUUCUCAGACAUUUCGUCCUUCAAUUCCUACACGCGUCUGCAGUAUUUAAUUAGGAGGGAGCAGGGUUUUGUUGGGUUCUGUACAGACCUUUUUUGCUUGAUGGGGGCCAAAAGUUCAAAGGAGGCCUCGUCCUUUCGGUCGACUUCUUCUUCUUCGUGGGGUGGUGGUGGGUAUCCUCAAUCGUCAUAUGGACAUGAAACCCAAAGUUAUAUGCCUCCGCAACAGCAACCCUAUUCUUCCCAACCGUAUUAUACAUCCCCUCCAGAGUGCUAUGGGAGCGUUGAUAAUGGCAGGAGAUUGGAUAGGAAAUACUCAAGGAUUGCUGAUGAUUACAAUUCUUUAGAAGAGGUAACACAAGCUCUUGCGCGUGCUGGCCUCGAGUCUUCCAAUCUUAUUGUUGGCAUUGAUUUCACCAAGAGCAAUGAAUGGACAGGUGCAAGGUCGUAUAAUAGACGAAGUCUGCAUCAUAUUGGAGAUCACCCAAAUCCUUAUCAACAGGCCAUAUCAAUUAUUGGAAAGACAUUGGCUGCUUUUGAUGAUGAUAACUUAAUUCCCUGCUUUGGAUUUGGGGAUGCAUCAACUCAUGAACAAGACGUCUUUAGUUUCUACCCAGAUGAGAAGUUUUGCAAUGGUUUUGAAGAUGUAUUGAGUCGUUACCAAGAAAUCGUCCCCCAUCUACGACUUGCAGGACCAACUUCAUUUGCACCUAUUAUUGAAAUGGCCAUGACCAUUGUCGAGCAGAGUGGUGGCCAGUACCAUGUUUUGCUAAUAAUUGCAGAUGGACAGGUAACGAGAAGUGUAGAUACAGAACGCGGUAAGCUUAGUCCACAGGAGCAGAAGACUGUUGAUGCCAUUGUUGAAGCAAGCAAAUUUCCUCUGUCGAUUGUUUUAGUUGGAGUUGGAGAUGGCCCAUGGGAUAUGAUGAGAGAAUUUGAUGACAAUAUCCCAUCGCGUGCAUUUGAUAAUUUUCAGUUUGUAAAUUUCACGGAAAUUAUGUCAAAGAAUAUAGCUCCAUCUCGGAAAGAAACUGAGUUUGCUCUUGCAGCUUUAAUGGAGAUUCCUUCCCAAUACAAGGCUACAAUAGAGCUUAACAUAUUGGGUGGUCACAAGGGCAUUUCUCCCCAGAGGAUUGCACUCCCUCCACCCAUCUAUGGCGCAGCAUCUUUUAGCAGUUCAAAAUCUUUUAGUAGUUCGAAGCCUGCCUGGUCUUCCAGUUACGAGCCGAGCGUGCCUUCCUUCCCCGAAAUUAGAACUCCUACUAGCACUGCUCCUCCUGUAGCAAACUCAACUUAUGACAACCAGGUCUGCCCCAUUUGCCUCAGCAAUCCAAAGGACAUGGCUUUCGGCUGUGGACACCAGACGUGUUGUGAAUGUGGACAAGAUCUCCAGACAUGUCCCAUAUGUAGGAGCGCCAUUCAUACCAGAAUAAAGCUCUACUGAGAAGCGGUCUCAGUUUUUUACUGCUUUGCUGAAAUUCUUUGUAAUUUAUUCCACAAUUGAUCCAAAAUGAUGUUCUAUCUGGUCAAUGUGAGUUGUUCGGGUUAUCGUCUUCGAAUUUACUAUGCGAGUUCAUCUCUACGGCUGAGAUGCCUACUUGAGAAAGAUGAAGGACCCAGAUUUCGCGCUUGAUAUGUACUAUGGAAUGUUCAUUUGAAGAUUAAAAUUCUUUGAAAAUGUUGGUCCAAAUCUAGAUGUUUUUAAUAUGAAAAUGUACAGGCUACGCACCAAGAUGGUAUUGAGAUUUUGAAAAUGGGAGAUGGAAUUUGUUUA